AUUGUUUUUUGUUCCACGCGAUCUUCAAUCAUGACGGUCGAUUUGCGUGAUCCGAGCAUGUUCCACCAGAUGUAUCUUCUGCUGGCCAUGCUGGUCGGCUUCCUGGUUGUGCUCGGCUUUGUUCUGACUGCGGUCAUUGCUCUGAUCUGCAAGUUUGUGCUGUGCAAGGAGCUGCCGCCCAAGAUGCGCAGGGCUGCACUUGCGACGCCGCUCGUCGUUGCUGUUGUUUACGGCAUGGCGAUUCAAAUGCUGCCUGGCAUUGGCGAGUCCAUGCUGAACAAGAUCUACCCGCCCGCGCCCACGGUGACGCUCCACCCCGAGGCGAAAUCCCUGCAUCAAUCGCUCCUCAUUGCGGAUUGGCACGCCGACUCGCUCAUGUGGACGCACCGCAACUUGCUCGAGCGCUCGGACAUUGGCCACGUCGACCUUCCCCGUCUCAUCGAGGGCAACGUCGCCGUCCAGGGCUUUGGCAGUGUGACGAAGGUUCCCCUCUUCAUGUCCUUUGAUUCCAACACAAACCACACGGACGCCAUCUCCCUGGUCGCGUUUUGCCAGCAGUGGCCGUUUGCUGCGCUGACCAGCCUGGCUGCUCGUGCGCAGCUGCAGGCCGCUCGCCUUCAUGACUUGGCAAGCAAGUCAAACGGUGCGCUGCGUGUGAUCAAGUACCGCGAGGAUGUUGUCGAGCUCCUCGAAAAGCGCCGCGACAACCAAAAGAUGGUUGGUGGCUUCCUUGGCAUUGAAGGCGCGCACGCGCUGGAUGGCGACUUUAGCAACGUUGAUCGGCUGUACGAGUACGGCUUCCGCGUCAUUGGUCCCUCGCAUUUCUUUGACAACGAGCUUGCUGGCUCUGCUCACGGUGUUGAGCGCUACGGCCUCACCGAGUUUGGCAAAAAGUGCAUCCGUCGCAUGGAAGAGCUCGGCAUUUUUGUCGAUCUUGCUCACGCAUCCCAAGCGGUCAUUAGCGACGUCCUGGCCAUGGCCACGCGCCCUGUCGUUGUCACUCACGGCGGUGUCCAAGGCUUUUGCAACACUUCGCGCACCCUCAGCGACGACCAACUUCGCGCAAUCGCCAAAACCGGCGGUGUUGUUGGCAUUGCCUACUUUGAGCACUGCACCUGUGGCCAGACCGUCAACGAGAUUGCGUUGUCCAUCAAGUACGCCAUCGACUUGAUUGGCGCCAAGCAUGUUGCCCUUGGUUCGGAUUACGACGGCUCUGUCGUUGUGCCGUUCGACACGACCCAACUCAUCCAAUUGACCGAUGCUCUGCUCAAACUCAACAUUUCCAAGGAGGACAUUCGCCUUGUCAUGGGAGAGAGCACCAUUCAAUUACUCCGUGACUACUUGCCAUCCCGCAUUCCUGGCGCGGUGCGAGUGUAAUCGUCCUGUGCUGAUGUUUUAUUUGUGCUGUGCAUGGUUUGAUAACUGCUUGAGUUUUUUCCAAUGUGUGUUCUGCUGUUGUUGGUGUAAUUCGAUUGUGCAACGUGCUUAAUUGAGACGCGUCUUCUCUUCA